UCUUAACUUUUGGCCUUUGGCUUGGCUCAGCUUACUACUUUCAAAUAUGGCUUCAAAACCCACGGCAGAGGAUUAUUUAAUGUCACGUAAGCACAGUUAAGCUUUGGUGUCUUGCCAGGGCAUAAUUGUAGGGGCCAUCAAGAUCAGGUGAAUGCAUUGCAUAUAUAAUUGACCAACGAGAGGUUGGCUCACACCUUAGCUUUGAACAGCAGCAGCUUGGAGCUGUGUAGUAAUUGAAGAGCCAACUUGGAAUGCACGUCAUGCAUAGGUAGGCUCUUUUGGUUUAUUUCUACCUCCAAAAACUUGCCCUAUUUGAUUCUUCCCUUGCAGUUAUAUGCCCUUACACCCCUAAUUUCAGCCUAUAAAACCACCUAAACAUUUCACCAUUUGAUCACUCUCUCUGGGAAGAUAGAAAUUAAGAGAGAAGAAAGCUAGCUAGCUUUGGAGUACUUGAUUCUAUAUGGUUUCCUUUCAAGCCUUCCUGUCUCCAGACAUGAGAAAGACAACACCGGAGUUAGAGAAUUCAUCAAAGAAGAGAAAGUUGGAAGAGCCAUUAAGUGGUGAUGAAGAAACUUUCGAGAAGCGAUCAAAAGCAGAAAGCACGAAAUCAGUGUUUGAUAUGGAGCUACACCACGAGACUCCAUUACCUUUAGAGUGGCAAAGAUGUCUAGAUAUUCAGUCUGGGCAGAUACACUUUUACAAUACAAGGACUCAUGCGAGAACUUCUAAGGAUCCAAGGAGAAGUCCUGAGCCCCCAAGCUCUGGCCACAUGAGCUUAGACCUUGAGCUAAACCUACCAUGCGAUUCAGUAAGGAAAAUAAAUGCAAUGGAUCACCAAUUGAUCAACAAGCACAACUCUAUUAGCCAUGGGAGAGCCGGUUCAGUUGAUAAGAAGAUCAACACAUCCGUUGGAUUAACGCAGAACCUUUCAUGGUUGGCAGAGGAGGAAGAGGAUGAGAAACAGCAAGAGAUGGUAGCAACAGUGUGCAUGCGGUGCCACAUGUUAGUGAUGCUAUGCAAGUCAUCACCUGCGUGCCCUAACUGCAAAUUCAUGCACCCACCAGACCAAUGCCCUCCAAAACUGUUCAAGCAAAGGCUUAGCCUCCUGUGCUAGUAAGAAUCAUCAAGUUUUUAGAUAACAUAUCCACUCCAUCGUGUGUUAAUUAAAUUUGUACUUCUUAAUCCGUAUUGAAAAGAUAAAUAGUCUUAUCUACAGGUUUUGGCUGAUAUAUAAGCUUCUUAAUCUCCAAAGAAAAAUGUCUACCCAGAGAGAGAGAGAGAGAGAAAUGAAACUAACUCACAUAGUGUACUGACUUGUAUAUCGUAGAUAUGGAAAUGCUUUAUAUUUUUAAUUUUGUUUAAGCAAUCGGAGAUAUUAUGGUGGCUUACUCAUGAAUUCCACCGAUUCAAUUUGCAAUUAAAAUCUCACUGGCUCUCUUUCGUGCAUGCAUAGCUAUCUCUUAAAAAAGCAUCCUCUUGCCUCUGAUGCUUUGCCUAUUUCAAUAGAAAGCUAAUAUGCAGCGCGAAACCUCAAUUUCAACUUCACUCUCUGAUCAUCCAGAUGACAGAGCAAAAGCAAUGGAAACUUCUUUUUUCCACUCGUCACUUCACUGUUUUCUGUUUACACUGCAAUAGCCUGAAUGGGUUUAUAAAGAUUAAUCAGAAAUUAGUGCAGCUAAUUUAUAACUUAAGACCGUUCAGCGUUUAUUGGCUUCAUUGUGGUAUGGAUAGUUGUAGUGGAUGUGGGCAAUCUAAAA